UUUCUCAAUCCAACCGAAUUCUUCACAAUCUCCCCGUCUUCUCUCAAGAAACUUGUCUGCAACUACAUUCCCGAAGAGCUUCUGCCAUUGGAAUGGGACUGUACUGAUAAGAAUCCCGUGAAGAACAUUCAAAACCUCAUUGACUCGUCUAAUGGAAAACUGGUAGUGUACGGCUCUGCAGAAGAAAUUUUUGAAAGUCUGAAUCUCUUCCGUCGUUUUCCUGGAAGUCACGAAAAAUUCGAGUUCAAUAUGGCAGAAGUUCAUAGUGGAAGUUUUUUAAAAACAAUUUUUAUGAAAAAUUAUUAAAAAAAAACACACAUUUUCAGAAUGAUCCAGCUGUAUGCCAGAGUAUGAAACGAGUUCCAUACAUCUACAAGCACGACUAUUUUGUGGUCAUUCAGUGGGCAAUUUGUGUUAGUCCUCUGAGAAGAUUCGAGACAGAAGUUGCGUUAGCGACCAUUGCGUCUUAUCUGAAAAUCAGAGAACUUACCCUUCCAACUCUUCACGAGAUGGUACCGUUCUGUCAGACAAGUGUAACUCGGUUUCAACAAAGAUGCAUGAGGGUAAAUGAUAACUUCAAGAGAUACCUCGGAGAGGAAAGCCUCCAGCUGAAGUUUAACGAAUAUACAUUCGAAGAGAUGUUUACUCAAUGGAAGAAAAUCAGCAAGUUCUUCGAAAUGAGCUCAGUCCAUGAUUCUUUGCAAGAAGUGCUGAGAAACUUUGCUGCAAAAAUUCCUAUCAGGGAUAAUGAGCUCGUCUACAACAGAAUGUUCGCAUGGAGUAAAUGCAUUGUGCUAGAAGUUGAGAAAUUCAUUCACGAAAAUCAAAUGUGGUUUUAUCCAAGAUUCGCUUUUAAUGAAAAAAACUAUACCCCGGUUGUUCGCAUUUUUGCUGAUAAGCCCAACAAAUUGAUAAUGGCUCACGAACUUCUCGUAGUCAUGAAACAAGAACACAUGGACGUUUCUUCAUUCGAAAAAGAGGUUCUCGAAAUGCCUAAGCUAGCGACAUUUACUUUUCAAGAAGUUGCGGCUCGAGUAUCUCCUGAAGAUUUCAAAAAUAUUGAGUUUGUGAUCAUUCCAAUAACUGCUGCAAAAUAUUCUGCAACCCCAAUUCCAACAAUCACUCCCGGUGGUUUAUGUAUUCUGGCAUCUGAUUUCAUCUUCAACCUUUUGGUGAAUAUGCUUACCGCCAAGAAAAUAUUCCAGAAGAUUGAUCCUUCUCAAUUUGACUUGAUUCGAGAGUUUUUCAAUUUUAUCGAUGAAUAUUUUGGCUCUGCUAAAGGUGUCAUGUUUGUUGAUUUGAAGGAUGUGGAGGUGAUCAACAAGAAGUGGGAAGCCUUUUACAAGACUCUGACCAUCUCAUGUGAAGAACCAAAGAAAGUCCGCAACACGAGGAAAACGGAAUUCACAAAAGAAGAUUUAACAAAUGAAUUGAAAUACCUGAAACUGGACUUAAUAUUCUCAGAAAUUUGUGAGCAAUCUCAAGAUUAUUUUGAUCACAUGACGAGAGCUAAAAAUUUGAAAACUUUGCCAAAUGAUGUUUUUAGCGGAGCCAUUGUACAUCUUCAAAUCGAUUGCAUUUGUAGAAGAAUCUCUAAAAUUCCAGCCUUUAUUCACAAUCAAUUAGCGUGUUCUCGUAUCUUUGGCUACCGUUGUCCAGUUUGCGUUGAUGCAAACACACCAAAAGCGGAUGAUGUGAAGGCGCCUACUCCUGAGGAAUUAGUUGAAGUCCGUGAAAUUUCUCCAGUAGCAGAAAAUCUAGAACCAACUUCUGAAUCAAAGCGGGUCAAAUCGAAGAAACAGAAAAAGCAAAAACCAUCUGAAAACCCAAUUGCUAAACCAGAAGAAAAGCAAUCCAAUGCGUGCCCAAAAUGCUUCAGAGCAAGUGAAUACAACAUUAAGCUUAGAGAUGAUCUGAGAUUGGAGAAGAUUGAGACAAAACAUCUCAGGAAAUCAUUGAAGCUAUCUCAACAAGAAUCGGAAGAGAAAUCUCAAAAAAUUGCCGGGAAAAAUGAAGAAAUUGAGCAUUUGAAAGCGCAAGUAGAAACAACUAAACGAGAGCUUCUAGAUCAGAAGUCGGAAUUAAAUCACGAAAAAGAUGAGACAAUUCGACUCCAAAUGGAACAAAUUCUUGACCACCAAAACGCUCUAGUCAAAAAAUCAUUGCAAGUGAUCGAGAGAGAUGAGGAGAUUCAACUUUUGAAAGCACAAAUUCAAGCUCAACAAAAUGCUAUUGCUCAACAAAAAAUUUCCAUUAGGAAUCUGGAGCUGGAAAAUCGAAAGUUGAUGCAAAAGAAGCCAACUCUUGUUGCUGAAACCAUUCCUCAAAGAUUCACAGAAGAUACGGAAAAAGUUCAGGAUAUUCUAUUCGAAAUGCUCAAAGCUCAAGCAGUUUUGGAAGUCGAAAAUCCAAUGAACAAAAUCAACAAAAUGACCUCAAAACUUAUUCAAGUUUCAAAGAACCGGGAAAACAAGAUAAUUUCAAAACGAGAAUUUAUUUACUUUGAACGGCAAAUCAGAGGAUACACAAAGGAAGUGGAAAACCGGAUCAAAAUAAUUAGAUCAAAUGAGCAAAUCAGCAGUGACCAGAUUCCGGAGCUCCGAAACUUUCCAACUUUCUCUGAUGAGUUCUUGAAGGCCUAUAAGGAUACCUUCAAAGAAAAUGCUCCACUCAUUUGUGCUCAACUGCUCAAAACUCCAGAAUCUCAAAAAUCCGAUGAUCUUGAAGAUAAGGAAUGCCUGGUAUGCCUGGAAGAUAUGAUGGAAGAGCAUGAAACAUUGAAGUGCUCAAAUUGCAAACGACAAUAUCAUACUGGCUGUGCUCAAAAGUGGUUUAAAGUCAAAAGAAUUUGCCCUACCUGUAAUUCUGGCCUUCUCGAUGACACCGAGUUCCCAGUCCUUGUAUAAUCAAUUUUAUUGUAAUAUUUAAUUUGUUUUCGAAAUUUUUGUGUCGACUAUCAAAUCUUGAUGCGUGUAUUUUUUCAAUAAAAUGUUAAAGUUCA